AUGUGGGCAUCGACUGUUUUUCAUCAUGCAACACUUGAACGCCAGUAUGUUGCUGCUGCUGCCCUUGCCUCUCAAGUAAACAUUAACGUGGAUUUGCAGAUUCUGCCUAUUGCCAGACAGAUGAGCGCGUGGAGAGUUCCGAGUCAGGCAGGUCGGCCGAAGUAA